CCAGCAGCAGCUGUUAUAGUCAACAUUUGUUGGGCGGCGUGAACGACGAUGGCCUCAAUCUCAGAUUCUCACAGAACAUGCAACUUCUGCCACAACAAAUCCCAGUACACCUGUCCUCGCUGCAAUGUUCCAUACUGUUCUUCAAAGUGCUACAAACACCAGAGUCAUGUGCAGUGCUCUGAAGGCUUUUUUGAAGAGAUGGUGAAAGCGGAGCUUGGCAGUGGAACAGUAUCAGAAGAAUCGCGCCAAAAAAUGAUGGAAAUCCUUCAGCGAGUGAAGGCUGGGGAAUCUGGACUAGGUGAAGAUGAGGAUGAACCACUUGAUUCAGAUGAUGAUGAGGAUGAGGAGGAUCUGAAUGUUAGAAUGGCAGGUAUAUGCAUUCCACAUUUAUCAUGCAGUAGUCAUUUUUUUUAUAGUGACUGUAAUGUCUCUCAUCUUUCUCUGAAUCUUAUGUCAGCCCUUUGAAAUGUUCUUAUUUAC